CAGCUCAAAAGCUUCAUCACUCUCACACACACACGAACUACACACACUUCCCAGACACAUCCACAGGACACACGCCGGUGUCGGAGCGGAGCGAAAAAGACACACAGGAGAAAGGAGCGGUGCCGCAGGAGGUGGCACGACAUGAAAGGUCUUUUUGGAGAGCAAGAGCGCAACACCUUUUCUUAUUUAUUAUUCUGUGAUUUUUGUGCUGCAAUAAAAAGCAGCUUCUGACACUCGGACUGAGGCUUCCAGGGCUUUGAGAGCUGUUACUGUGGACUUUAUAUCUUGCUACUACCAAGCCCCUACAGGAGAACCGACCCUCGUGUGCGCAAAAUACGCGGGGACGGGGAGAGGGAGAUACGGAGACUGAGAGCCUCUCAAGCGGGACUUGAAGCACCCUGGAGCCGCUGUCUCUGGAGCGCAGCUAUCGCCCGAAGCCUCCCAGCUGUGGAGCGCACGCAGUAUUGGUCAAGGAGUUUGUUUGUUUGUUCACUAUUUUUUUGGAUGAGGUUUAGUGGCAUCCGCUAAAUGGACAGACAUAAAAGGCAAAAGGCUGCGAAAAUAGAAAUCUUUAAAUUUCUUCAAUAACAUGUAGUUGGCAUAGUUUCCUCCAUCAAUGGUUAAAUAAAAGUGGGAUUAUUCCUGAAGUGGUGGAGUUUUGACUGCUGCCAGCGGUUUUUGGUCUUACUGGGGUGUGGAUUUUUUUAAACAAACAGCACAAUUUAUAUUCUAAGAGGUGGAAACACUAGAAACUUAAAGCUCUCCACGAGUUUCUGCAUCACUCAAGAUGGAUUUUGAGCCAUCGCUGAUUGGAUUUUUAAUGGCAAUGUGUCAUCUGGCAUUGAGAGUCAGAGGAGAAGAGGUGCCAGAGUGCGGAGGCAUCUUGGAUGCCAGCGAGGCGGGUUACAUCACCUCCCCUGGUUAUCCUCUGGAGUACCCGCCUCAUCAGAACUGUCACUGGAUCAUCACGGCGCCGGAGGCCUCGCGCAUCGUCCUCAACUUUAACCCACACUUUGAGAUUGAGAGGCUGGACUGCAAGUAUGACUUCAUUGAGAUCCGCGAUGGGACUUCGGAAAAUGCUGAUGUUCUGGGUCGACACUGCAGCAACAUCGCCCCAGCGCCGAUCAUUUCAUCUGGACCCUCCCUGCAGAUCCGAUUUGUCUCAGAUUACGCCCACCAGGGGGCGGGCUUCUCUCUGCGCUACGAGAUCUUCAAAACAGGGUCGGAAUUCUGCUUCCGCAAUUUCACCAGCUCCUCCGGCAUGAUCGAGUCCCCGGGCUUCCCGGAUAAAUACCCUCAUAAUCUGGAGUGCUCCUACAUGAUCAUUGCGCCGCCCCACAUGGACAUCACCCUCACGUUCCUGACCUUUGACCUCGAGAACGACCCCCUGCUGGUGGGAGAGGGUGACUGCAAGUACGAUUGGCUGGACGUGUGGGAUGGCCUGCCACAAGUGGCUCCUCUGAUCGGCCGGUACUGUGGGACAAAGAUCCCUCCAGAGAUCCAGUCGUCCUCCGGCCUGCUGUCCCUCUCCUUCCACACCGACAUGGCUGUUGCCAAAGACGGCUUCUCCGCCCGAUACAACAUGACGCACAAAGAAGUCAGCGACUCGUUCCACUGUAGCAUGGCACUCGGUAUGGAGUCGGGGAAGAUCAGCGAUGAUCAGAUCACCGCAUCAACAACAUUCUACGACAACCGCUGGUUGGCACGCCAGGCCCGCCUCAACAACGACGACAACGCCUGGACGCCUUCAGAGGACAGCAGCAAGGAGUAUAUACAGGUUGACCUGCACUUCCUCAAGGUUUUGACAGGCAUCGCCACACAGGGGGCUGUUUCCAAGGAGACGCAGAAGUCCUACUACGUCACUACCUUCAAACUGGAGGUCAGCACCAACGGGGAGGACUGGAUGGUCUACCGGCACGGCAAGAACCACAAGAUUUUCCACGCCAACACAGACCCAGCCGAGGUGGUUCUGAACCGGGUCCCGCAGCCAGUCCUGGCCCGGUUUGUUCGUAUCCGACCACAGACUUGGAGGAACGGCAUUGCCCUGCGCUUUGAGCUCUACGGAUGCCAGAUUACAGAUGCUCCGUGUUCAGACCUGCAGGGCCUGCUGUCCGGCCUGCUCCCUGAUGCCCAGAUCUCAGCCUCCUCCAGCAGGGAUAUGGUGUGGAACCCUGCGACCGCCCGUCUGGUGGCCAGUCGCUCCGGCUGGUUCCCCGCCCCUGCACAGCCCCUGGCUGGAGAGGAGUGGCUUCAGGUGGACCUCGGUGUGCCUAAGACGGUGCGUGGAGUGAUCACCCAGGGAGCGAGGGGAGGAGACGCAGGAAGCGGGGCGACCACAGAUAACCGGGCGUUUGUCAGGAAGUACAAAGUGGCACACAGCCUGAAUGGAAAAGAGUGGAAUUUCAUCAUGGACAGCAAGACUAGCCUGCCCAAGAUCUUUGAGGGGAACACACACUACGACACCCCAGAGCUGCGCCAUUUUGAAGAGAUAGUGUCCCAGUACAUCCGGCUGUAUCCAGAGAGGUGGUCUCCCGCAGGAAUCGGGAUGAGAGUGGAGAUACUGGGCUGUGACCUUCCAGAAACCACCACGCCGGCCGACACCGUCACGCCAACUCUGCCUGCUGACAUUGAAACCACCACUGUCCCCAUUUCGACUACAGUAGCCACCUCUCCUCCAUCAGACAGCGUGUGUGACUUUGACCAUGGCCUGUGUGGGUGGAUGCACGACCCCAACGCCCCUCUGCUCUGGUCCCUGCACAGCCACGAGCUCAACAGCUAUCUGUACAUGGACGCCAGCCUAAAGACAGAGCAGCAGCAAGCCCGUCUCGUGAGCCCCGUGGUGGCGGCAGACACCGGGCCCCUCUGCCUCCUCUUCUCCUACCAGCUGUGGGGGGAGGCCCAGGGCCACCUGAAGGUCCUGCUGCGGGACGGCCACAACGAGGAGACUGUCCUGUGGACACUGAAAGACGAUCAGGGCCCCGUCUGGAGGGAGGGUCGCACCAUCCUGCCUCGCUCCCCUAAAGACUUCCAGGUUGUGAUGGAAGGUUUCUUUGUGCACGGCACUAGAGGACACAUCUGGAUAGACAACAUCCACAUGAGCUCUAGCACCCCUCUGAAAGAGUGUACACAACCCAUUGCAGCAUUUUCUCCUGAAAAUUCCGUUAAGAGACUGAAUGAAUUUGGAGAUGGACGACUUUUCAGUGGCAGACCCCCACUAGGUGGAGUUUUACAGUUCCCUGAGUGGAACACAGCAUCGCCAUCCUCUGAGCCUCCGGUGACCCGCGUCUCAGAGAAGGACAACUCGUGGCUGUACACCCUGGACCCCAUCCUGGUCACCAUAAUCGUCAUGAGCUCUCUGGGUGUCCUGCUCGGGGCGGUGUGCGCCGGCCUCCUCCUGUACUGUACCUGCUCCUACAGCGGCCUGUCGUCCCGCUCCUCCACCACCCUGGAGAACUACAACUUCGAAUUGUAUGACGGCCUCAAGCACAAGGUCAAGCUGAACCAACAGCGCUGCUGCACCGAGGCGUGAGGAGGGGUUCGAGGGAGGAAAACACAAAAGGAGACGGAACGAGAGAUACGGUCAUUUUGUGAAAAAACGCUCACUAUUUUUCAUUUCCUCCAGUUCACUUUCAGUUUGCUUCCUCAGUGGUGCAGAUCCCUGGACACAUGGACAACGAGAAAGCCACUUUUUUUAUUUAUUUUUUUUAGCUCAAAUGAGAACUCAUUUCCUGCUCAGAAAAACGUGGCACAGUCCAGUGUUAGUCGUUUUUGUGGUGAAAGAACCAAUGAGAGAAAGACUGCAGUUACCCAGAUGGAUUGUUUCAUUGCAGUGAUGUUAGGCCUCAAAAAAUAUCUACACAUAUCAAUUACAGAUUCCUGCUCCACCAAAAGAGAAGUGUUUAUAAAUGCAUCAUAGAUUUGUAAGAGGUCUAGUUUUGAAGCUGGAUACUGUAAGCUACACAUACUGAGUCAUAACACAUUGUGUUGGAAAGGUGGUAGGUUAGGAAUGUGCUUAGAAAGCGUCUUUUUUGAUCACAUGUGAACACAGUGGCCUAGAACUUAGCUCCUUAGUGUGGCCCGUUGGCUUUUUUUGUUCCGUCGUAGACUCUGCUACCUAUCAGCCUCAGUUAUCCUCUUAGUUCCUGACAGUCUGUGGUUAUUUUUAGUCACAGACGUCCAUCGAGUUUGUCUUUCUCGGUCACUCGUUUUCUGUUUAAUGUUUUCGUUCUGGCCUAUCCCCAGUCUGUGAUGGCAGAUAAGUUGAAAAAAAAGAGGCAAAGAACGUGUAUGUGUGUGUAACGGAGGGGAUUUUAACACAUUCUUUUACUGACGGAGAGAGUUAUUGUUAGAUUUAGUUGUCGGAGACUGUUGUUACUGGUUCCUGUCAAUGAGAAGGUCAUGUUUACAUUGUGGUUAAUGGUGAAAUGUCCAGGAGCUUUGGUCGGUGCAACCUAUGGAUUGCUGGUAAGGGCAGAGACUGAAAACCACUGAAGAAAGACAAACAAAGAGAGAGUGAGAGAGACUAUAUGACUGACAGAGCACUCAAAUCCCCUGCCUCCCUCUCUCUCACAGGGGCGAUGUUCUCCCUGUGCUUUUCGCGAGGACAGAAAGCAAACGGGAUCAAAAACAAAUGCCAGAAACAGCUCGUCUCAAUUGACUGUGCCCGGACACACAACAAAGCCUUAAAGCAAACUGUUUGCAGAAAUGUUGAAAAAGGAACGUUGAGGCAACACAAGAGAGAAGGUAUCGAUCUCUCUCGUUUUACAUGUGGACCUCAAAAGCCAUGAUUUAAAGGACCUACUCUUCCCCCCCCCACCUCACACAUACACACAGAUCACACCACCCCCGCCUCAAACUACUGGUUGAUUGUGGCUGUUUUCUGUUACAUUUUUUUUUUAUGUCUGCUCUCGCACAGCAAGGCAGGCAUUCUUCGGGACUAUUUUGAACCAAUCAGAAAGGGUCUUGUGUUGCACUCUCUGAAUGGACUCAUAAGCCAUGAGAAGGACAGGGUGAGAGAAGAAGUCUCCCUCCCAAGCACAUACAGUACACACAUUACUUCACUUGUAUAUACAGAUGUAUAUACAUAACAUGAAUACACACCCACUCUCACAUGAAACUUUGGACACAUACACCGAGAGGCACUCAGACCUAAAAAUGAAGGGAACAAUGGUUGCUGCUGAGAAGCCAGAGGUAUAUAUUUAAGACCAUGUCGUACACAAAUGCCAUGGAUUCACUACACACACAUGCACUCAACAUAUCAUCCCGUCUACCAUCACCAUGUACACUCACACACACGCUGUCCCUCUCCUCUGAGGCCCAUUUCUCUGGACCCCACUGACUCUUUUCAAAGUGCCUUGGAGCCUCGGGGAUCCAGCUUGCCUUUGGAGCCGGUAUCAGAUACAGUAACUUAACACUGACAGUGACAGUCACAGCGCCCCCUUCUACCCGGGAGGACCAAACAAACGUUAAAAAAGGACAGAAUUCCCCCCUUUCGCACUGCUCGGACUGCUGUUGUUGUUGUUUUAGAGGGGUCUUUGUACAGAAAUGCUCUUUUUAUGAUUGUUAUUAUAAUUAUUGUUAUGAUUAUUUAAUAAAGGAUUUAUACCAUACUGAGGAAAAA